AUGCUGGUUGCUCCAUUAAUUGCUGAAGUGCCCCGCAAAUAUAGCGGCAGUCCAUCUUUUGGUUCGCUUCCUAUCAGAAUCCUGUAUAGUCCGGUUGUUUUUCAUGUUUCAGUUUACAUUCUUUCUAUUUUUUUUGUUGCAUUAGAUCUCAUUUUUAUCUUACUUCAAUGAUCAUUGAUACCAUUAUCAAGCAGCCCAUAUUUUUCUUGCACAUUUCUGCAUCUCAUUUCCCAUGUUAAUAAUCAUUGCUUAUUAAUUUGUAGUAAAUCCUGGAUGAUCGCAUUCCCUUUAGUCUGUAUAAGUGAUUCUAUAAAAAUAAUAAAUUAUUUGAAAGUAAAUAAAGAUAAGCUUAAAAAGUGCAAUAAUGAAAAGAAUUUAAAAGAUUUAUUAGAGGGUAUAGUAGAAGAAAAAGAACAAGAAGAAGAAAAUGAAGAAGAAAAUGAAGAAGAAAAUGAAGAAGAAAAUGAAGAAGAAAAUGAAGAAGAAAAUGAAGAAGAAAAUGAAGAAGAAAAUGAAGAAGAAAAUGAAGAAGAAAAUGAAGAAGAAAAUGAAGAAAAAGAAGAAAGAAUAUGGAUCUGCUUACUUCAGGACAAAAAAGAAAGCAUUUGAUUAAUGAGAAUAAAAAGGAAAGCAAGCCUAAAUUAA